GAGGACGUGUCGCCGUGCCGGCGGGAGGCCACGCCCCUCGGCGGCCGUUGAAAGACCACGCCCAUUCUUUGGCCGGCACGCGGCUGCCCCGCAGCGCCCCGUCAGCAUUCUUCAGUGCCCCUCAGUGCCACCUCAGUGCCCUCUCAGUGUCCCCUCAGCGCCUCUCAGUGUCCCCUCAGCGCUUCUCAGUGCCAUCUCAGUGUCCCCUCAGUGCCCUCUCAGUGUCCCCUCAGCGCUUCUCAGUGUCCCCUCAGCGCUUCUCAGUGUCUCCUCAGUGCCCUCCCAGUGUCCCCUCAGUGCCUCCCAGUGCCCCUCAGUGCCUCUCAAUGUCUCCUCAGCGCUUCUCAGUGCCAUCUCAUUGUCCCCUCAGUGCCCUCCCAGUGUCCCCUCAGUGCCUCUCAGUAUCCCCUCAGCGCCUCUCAGUGUCCCCUCAGCGCUUUUCAGUGUCCCCUCAGUGCCCUCCCAGUGUCCCCUCAGCGCCUCUCAGUGUCCCCUCAGCGCUUCUCAGUGUCCCCUCAGUGCCUCUCAGUGUCCCCUCAGCACUUUUCAGUGUCCCCUUAGUGCCUCUCAGUGUCCCCUCAGUGCCCUCCCAGUGUCCCCUCAGUGCUUCUCAGUGUCCCCUCAGUGCCUCUCAGUGUCCUCUCAGUGCCCCACUCGCCUCCAGGCAGCAGCCGCACCCCACACGGAGCAGCACUGGUUGCGAUGAGCAGAGUUUCAGUGCUGCAGGCUGAAGGGCACAAGAGUUCCUUCAGCGCUGAGGUGGCAUUGAGCAAUCUGGACAUGCGGGUGAUGGCAGCCGUGCUGCUGUUUCUCACUCUGGCACUUUGGAAGGCACGGGUAGACGUGCUGCCUUCCUUCCUUCUGAAAGCUUUCUGCCCGCACUGCUUUCUGCGCAGCACCGCCUACGUUUCAGCCUGGAGGCCUUUACUCUGUACAAAAGGUUACUUUUACAUCAGCCGGUAAUGUUUUGUCUUUCCACAAGACUUGAGAUUAGAUGUAUAAGCAGCGCUUAUUUUCAGCGCGAGGAUCCGGAUUUGUCAAAGCACAGAGCUUCAGACAGAGCCAGCAGCUGACACAGGUGCCUUUGUUUUAAACAACGCUGGUAGGCCCGGUGAAGAAAACACACCUACAGUCAUCUGAGUAAUAGAUGUAAUUGUGCUGGCUUCCCAGAAGCGAGAAAAGAAGUAAAACUACAGGAAACUCUGGUUUUUAAGCUGCAAAGGCAUCUCCAGUUCUCAGAACGUCAGGGUUUCCCAGCACAGUGCUCAGACUGUGCUCCCUGUGCUGGGAUGCGUGGCCUGGGGCUGUGCUCCGUCCCAUGGCAGUGGGUAGGGAAGCCUCUCUUUAGGGGCUAACCUGCCCUCUGCCUUGCUUACUGGCUGCCCAGUGUCCUUUAUCCUUCCAUGUGGUAUCUGGCCCUGUCCCCACAUAAAAUACUCCUUCCUUUGGAUCAAAAUUUUUUUUGCUUCUAAUCCCUUCUGGAAACUUUUAUUUUGAUAGUGGCUCCUUGCUUUAAUUUCCCCUGCUGCAAUAUUGGCCGUAGUUGUAGCAAGGCCAGCAACAGUCUCUUGAGUUUCUGUGAGCAUCUGCAGGCAUCUGUGCUUUGUGCUGCAGUGAAGGGGAAUAUUCAGUCCUUAAGAGCUGAAGAAAAUAAACAUCCUGGUAAUGAACUGGCAUAUUACACCUUUAAUAGCAUGAAAUGAACCAUGCUCUGCGCUAGUAACAUCAUAGCCAACCAGUAUGAAAAUAACUAGAUACAAUGCGAUAUUGUCCAUGGGGUUCACUUUUCUGCUCUAGUCCAGUGUUCAGUCCCAGCUGCCAGAAUGGCAGGAGGAGCAGAGCCCAGCCACCCCCAGGCAGCCCCAAACCCUUGCCGGGUGAACAGUCAGCAGCAGCCUGGGAAGCAAGCAUCUCUUCCAGAGGAAGGCUGCUAAUCCUGUGCAGUUUGGGUCCCAUUUUGAAUGACCUCAUCGGUUUUUACCUCAGGUCAGUCAGGUCCUCCUCCUACAGCAAGGAAAGACAUCAGGGUGCUGUGCCUUCAGGCUGGGGAAGGUGGAAGGGAAGCGGAGGCAUACAGCAAGGUGCAGGGCAGACUAACCAGGUCAGUGCAGCAGCUCCUCCCAUCCAACGCACCUGGCACAGGUUCAGCACUCGGCCUGCAGCCACCCCCUCUCUGCUGUGCCUCCACAGAGACUUUCAGGUGUGCACCCUGGAUUUCUGUCUGCAGUCCUGGUGCAAACACACAAAAUUCCGAAACCCGUGGACUGGCACCAGGGUUAGAAAGCCAGCACCAGCAUGCUGUGUAUGGACGCCUGCUGGAGCCCCAGAGCCACCUCCCACCCCACCAUACCCAGUGCACCUGGGUCCAGCAGAGCAGCCUGAAACAUGUGAUCCCAGCCAGGGCGUGCUUCAGGAGCUACUCUUGCUCAUCACGUACACAAUCUAGGGCUAAGAGGAUUUCUCAAGAUUUCAUUAGUGGAAUUGGAACUGAUGUUCUUCUGGAGAACUCUUGUGCGAUGCUGCAAUUUUCAGACAUUCAGAGACGGAUUUCGAAGGUUGCAACAUACAGGUACUCAGAUCUACUGGAAUGUAGGUUCUCUACACACUGGGUAAGAAAAGCGUAUCAUUUUCCAUUUAAAAAGGCAGAAUACUCUAAAUGGGAGAAAAAAAAUAUUAUGUAUCUCGGUACCAGUUUUGGUACUACUACAUUUUGGGACUACUAGCUGUAUUCAGGUAAACGAGAGAGAGAGAAAAAAAAGACUAUUCUCAACCUCUAACCACACAAACUGUCCUGAAGUUUGUUCAUUUUCCUGUUUCCCCUCACUGUGUCAUAGCUCAUCACUGCUGACCCCAACACAAAUGUCAGUACUGGCUAAACUAAAGAAAUCAUUUUGCUGCAACAUUCAUGCCAGGUCUAAAAAUAAUUUCAAACUGGAAAGUAUUCUGUAACGGCUGCAAUAAUUUGUGAUUUUGGCACUCUCAAUAGUUUACAUUUGGUUUGUCUGAAAAAGCCAUUCUGGAAGUAAGUAGUUAGGAUAAAAUGCUUUCAUUCUAGCUGUAAAUGUAAAUUGAGCUUCCAGCAAACAAAUACUGUAGCUGACUUUCCGGCUUCUACUGGUUUCUAAUUUUCAGAUUCUUCAUUUUUAUCUUUUUCACUUGAUUGCAACAUGCUCAAGUUGACUUUCCAGUCAAUUCACCCAAAUUCCAACAGGAAUUGGUUUAUAAAUUGGUUCCAACUGGAACUGGUCAUUUGGAAUUUCCAGCACAGGAAAUUAUUUUAUAAGUGCCUUGAUAAGUACCCUAAAUUACAAACUGAUGUGCCUAAUAUCUAAUGACAAGAAAAGGUAUGGCUAUAAAUGUAAAUGCUGUACUAAAAAAAAAA